AGCCGCCUCCGGCGCCGGGAGGCGCCGGGAAAAUCAGCUACGUGAGCUGAUUCUCAAACCCCCCCUUUGCUAUCCCCCCCUUUCGCCCGACCCGGGCUCCGCCGCCACGCCGCGUCGCCCCGCAGGCGCGAGCACCGGCCUCCUCCAGCGGAAUGGGUGAUCCGUGGCUCGUUUCCGACGAGGAGCUGGACGCUGGAUGCAGACGGCCCUGCAGCAGCUGCAGGUCAAACACAGCGGGUGCGCUGCCAAUAUCACGGUCCACAGCAUGGAGUCCUCAAACCCGUGUGUGUUUCAGGCGAGGGCCGCGAAAGAUUUCGCAGUCGGCGAGGUGGUGUUGAUUCCGCACGGACCUGUGCACGACUUCUCGGAGGGGGCCAAGAUGAGGAGGCCAAAAUCGCAUCAUCCGCAGCACCCCUACUUGGUAACGACAGAAAUCGGAGCCUACGACAUCUGCGACGACCUAUCGAAAUACAUCAUCCAGAGCCCCCUCGCCCAGUUCAAGCCAGGCAAGGCCCUAGGGGUGUCGCCCUUCUGGGCGGUCUUGGAGGCGACGGCGGCCGACACCACGGUGGGGAACUUGGAGGCGAGGUGCCUGACGCAAGAGAUCUCCUGCGAGUUCAAGCAGGAUGGGCGCAAGCAGCGUGGGAAAGAUAAAACCCCAACGGUGACGAUCCUGGUGCCCGCGUUCGUGAACGUGAAGGCGGUGAUGCGCGGGGCAGUCUUCGUCGCCAAGCCUGCUGCCAUCCAGAACAUGUGAAGUGCGUGGAGAGACAUUCGCUACGUAGACAUAUGUCUCACACUUUGAUUGUGCGCGAUUUGCUACAUACGUACCGUGCCAGGUGCGCGACCCGUGCGCCGACCGCUCUGUGUCGUCAGCCGCACACUGGGCACUCAGCUGUCCGGCAGGGCAGACGGCCGAAC